CUCAAUAACAAGGUUUCUCUUCUUCUUCUUCUUAAAUAUUACUAUUAGAUACAUAGAAUAAUAAGGAAACCCCCAUCUCUGCGAUUAGGGUUCCGAUCAACAGAAGGGCAGGGAGGGGAACGUGCGUAUAUAUAGCACUCUCUCGGGUGCAAUAAUAUUCAAGAACCAGCAGUGCCAUUUUUCGCGUUCUUCUGUUCAUUUUGGUGUGGUUUCAAGCAACAGAAGGAUUAGGGUAAUUAAGCGAUAAUUGAUCAAUGGGGGAUAAGGGAGAAGAGAGGCCGCCGCAGCAACGGAAGCAGCAGCUUACCAUCUUCUACAACGGCAGAGUUUGCGUCUCCGACGUUACAGAAUUCCAAGCGAGGGCGAUAAUGAUGCUGGCGGCGAGCCAGGAAACGGAAGAAAUGUGGAUGACCGCCGACAAGCAACAACACAAGGACGAGAAGAAGACGGAGAGAAACAACAGAAGGAGCGGCAGUGGAGAGAGUGGAGACGGGUCGAGUUCGGAGCCUCCGUCGCCUAGUUCGGGUCACCGUUAUCAUCAUCCACCGCCGCCGCCGCCGCCUCUUCAUUUGCAGCUGUACAGUCCCAACAGUCUCUACAUGAAGAGAUCGCUGCAGAGGUUUCUCCAGAAACGGAAGCAUCGGAUUCAAGACACCGCCUCUCCUUACCAUCACCACCGCCCAUAGCUAGCUAGCUAGCAAGCUUUAAUUAACUUGUACGAUUUAGGAGUUUUAGACUAAUUAAUUAACAUUCUUUCUCCUUCUUGUUUUCUUCAUCUUCUCUUUUAGCUUAACCACCUCGAUUUAGGCAUGAGUGAUUUUAGAAGAUUAGUGGUAAUUAAUCUCUGUAACUUGUGCUUUAGUGGUAAUUGAUUCUGUGUCGCUUUCGGGAAGAGGGUUGGAGGAAGUUACCUAGACUAGUACGGGGAAGAAAGCACUGAUCGAUUAGUUAAUUAAUUGAUGUCCUUUACUUUUCGAUAACCUAAUUUAUGUACUUUUGUUUGUACACUUAUUAAAAAAAAAAAAUGUACAUCGUGUGUUCAUAUGUACUAUAGUACAAUCGAGU